AGAAAAAUAGUAACGGACAAACGAGAACGAAAAAAGGAAGAAGGGGCUGGAGUGCAGAAAACACGGGCAGGCAUUGCAGGGCGGUUCGUGCGAUUAGCGAACGGUUCUCGCAUGAAAAUUAUCCUGAAAACGUACACCAUGGGCCCAGCACCCUACAGUUAACUCCACUGAGCAAUGCAAGUAGUUAGGGCUAAGGCCUUGGCCCUACUGGUGAGCAUGUGGCUCACUAGAGAAUGAAGAAGCAAAACGUCCGGACCUUAUCGUUGAUUGUCUGCACGUUCACCUACCUCCUGAUUGGCGCCGCAGUCUUCGAUGCCCUUGAAUCCGAAACCGAAAAGCGACGCUGGGAAGCUUUGGAUGCUAUAGAGAAAAUGGUGAUACGGAAGUACAAUAUAAGCGAGGACGACUUCAAGGUGAUGGAAACGGUUGUGCUGAAGACGGAACCACAUAAGGCAGGUCAGCAGUGGAAAUUUGCUGGGGCAGUCUACUACGCUACCACGGUGCUUACUACGAUUGGAUACGGGCACUCUACACCAAAUACCAUAGGUGGUAAAUUGUUUACGAUGUGCUACGCUAUCGUGGGUAUUCCUUUAGGUCUUGUCAUGUUCCAAAGUAUAGGCGAACGGCUCAACGAGUUUUCGUCAGUUGUUAUACAAAGCGUGAAACGUCUUCUGAAUUGCAAGGAUAUACAAGCAUCAGAAAUGAAUCUCAUAUGCGUUGUCACGACACUCUCCAGUCUCACGAUUGCUGGGGGUGCUGCAGUCUUCUCAAGAUACGAAGGAUGGUCGUAUUUCGAUUCAGUUUACUACUGCUUCAUUACCCUGACGACAAUUGGUUUCGGCGAUAUGGUGGCUCUCCAGAAAGACAACGCGUUGGACAACAAACCAGAAUACGUGAUGUUCGCUUUGAUCUUCAUUCUGUUCGGCCUGGCCAUUGUUGCGGCCUCUCUGAAUUUGCUAGUUCUCAGAUUUGUCACUAUGAACACUGAAGACGAACGGAGAGACGAGGCGGAAGCUUUACAGGCGGCUCAAGGAGCUGUACGUCUCGAGGGUGACGUAAUAACAGCAAAUGGCUCGAUCCUCUCAGGACAAAUAGGCAACCAAGGAGACACAAUUUCACUCGAUGACAACGCAUCCGUUUGUAGCUGCCGCUGCAGUGGUUUUUAUAAAAAGAGACGAAGACAACGUUUCACUGUGCGUCGGUCACCGGGUAAAAUAUCCCACUUGCUACCAAUGCAGCAAUUACCGAUUCUUCACGUCCGGACAGAGCUUUGUCCACCAUCGUUAACACCACUCCUCCAAAUACCACCAUUGUAUCAACACAGAGCCAGCAUCUGACGAUCUUCGUCAAUUGAAAUAAGACUUCCAUUGCUCGCCACCGAUGAAUCGUAUCAAUAUCGUCGUGCUUCUCUUUAGGAAUAUUUGAACGGACGUUUGCCCAAGUUCAACCCCUGAUCAAACUCACAAAACGAAGGGUGACAAUCUUGGAUGCGUCUAGUAAGAAGUGCUGGAAUGACACAGUGUUCAAAUAUCAGCUGUUCUUCAUCUAAGUUUUGAAAUUUGUUGAAAAUUUUUUUACAUGGACUAUGAAUUGAUUCAUGUAUUUCAAGUACACUGCCAUGCAAGUAGUGUUACAAGAACUGAAUCAAAAAUGAAUAAACAGAGGCUUCCAAUAAUCAGAAGGCUUGAAUGGAGUGUAGAAAUACAAUGAAAGAAAAAACACAUGGACCAUUAUGCGUCCGUAAGCGUAAUACAAAAAUUAAAUAAAAACAUUUUCAAUCUAGACUGCUGAAAUGAAGAAUUUCAGAAAUCAUUUACAUUCGACAUAACCAAUGGAAUGCAUUGGAAAUAUACUUUAAUGUAGAAAUCUUACAAUAUAUUUGAAAAGGUAAU